AGAAAACCUAGACAAGCCGGUUGAAGAGGCUAGGGAUGUCUACAGCAAAUUGUUAGAUGAGGGCAUCACUAUGUGUGAUAAAAAAUACAAGAGAUCGGCCAACAAGUUGAAAAAAUUGGGAAACAAAGUGAUGAAUAUUAGUGUGGUGUUGUCAAACGGUGGUAAUUAUGACAUGUGCCCUGGAAUCGAUGGGUCAUUCUUUGGGAGUGACUUGUCAGCUCGUACGGAUAAGUGCACAUCGCCGUAUUUGGGCGCUGGUUCUAA